CACAUAGGGUCUAAAACAUUACUAUUUUUUGUCACCCUCCAAGCAGCUUCUAAAGAAGAUGUUUUCAAGGCAGUAUGACAGUUCUCUUUUUCUCUCUGCACCUGCUGGUCAAAUGAGUGUGAAACCAGAAUGUUUACCCCGAGCUGUCCUUGGGAUAGUGGAGAAAGCAAAAACAUCACCUUAAAUGUGAGACACAGCAGUUAGAAGGUCCACAAUCUCACAGCGCUCAUCUAUUUGGUGUUGCUGUGGACCAUUGUCUUACUGCCCAAAUGGAGCAAAAAGUUGUUCUCAUCACCGGGUGCUCCUCAGGGAUUGGACUCAGCCUUGCUGUGCACCUUGCAUCAAAUCCUUCCAAAGCAUAUAAAGUCUAUGCUACCAUGCGUAACCUGGACAAGAAACAACGGCUAAUGGAGAGUAUAAGAGGACUGCAUAAAGACACCAUGGCUAUACUACAGAUGGAUGUGACAGACCAGCAGUCUAUACUUGAUGCUAAGAGGAACAUUACGGAGGACAGAGUCGACAUAUUGGUUUGUAAUGCAGGUGUAGGUCUGAUGGGUCCUUUAGAAGUCCACUCAGUGGACACUAUACGUGGUAUCCUAGAGGUCAACCUGGUGGGCACACUUCGCACCAUACAGACCUUUUUACCAGACAUGAAGAAACAGAGACAUGGACGAAUUCUUGUGACGGGCAGCAUGGGAGGACUACAAGGUUUGCCUUUCAAUGAGGUUUACUGUGCUAGCAAAUUUGCAGUAGAGGGCGCUUGUGAAAGCCUGGCUAUUCUCCUUCAGCACUUCAAUAUUCACAUGAGCCUGAUUGAAUGUGGACCGGUCAACACAGACUUCUUGGUGAAUCUGAAGAGGACAGAGCCCAGUGAUGAGGCACUUCCUGUUGAUGCCCAUACACGUAACCUGUAUGAACAGUACCUUCAGCACUGCGAGUCUGUGUUCCAGAACGCAGCACAGGAUACUGAUGACAUCAUUCAGGUGUAUCUGGAGGCAAUUCAAGCACAGACUCCAUUGCUCAGAUAUUACACUAACAGAGCCCUGCUACCAAUGAGCACCCUGAAACUAACAUCCCUGGACGGCUCUCAGUACAUCCAAGCAAUGAGCAAGCUCAUCUUCUCUCCACCCAACACAGAUGCACAGAUAUGA